GUGUGGGUGCAGGAGCCGGCGCUGCGGGUGCCCGAGGGUGACACCAUCUACGACUACGCCUGGUUCCCACUCAUGGACUCCAGGGAGCCCCAGACCUGCCUGGUGGCCUCCAGCAGCCGGGACAACCCCGUCCACCUCUGGGACGCCUUCGAUGGGACCCUGAGGGGCUCCUUCCGUGCCUACAACCACCUGGAGGAGCCGGUGGCCCCCCACUCCCUGACCUUCACCCCCGAUGGUUCCCGGCUCCUCGGGGGCUGCGACGGCUCCGUGCGGAUCUUCCCGACGGAGCGGCCGGGGCGGAGCCACCAGGAGCGGGCGCUGCGCCAGGGCGGUCAGGGCCAGCGCGGGCUGAUUGGCUGCCUGGCGGUGAGCCCCAGCCAACCGGUGUUCGCCUGCGGCUCCUAUGGGCGGAGCCUGGGGCUGUACGCGCUGGAAGGGGGCGGGGCCUUGGCGCUCUGGCCCCGCCUCCCCGCGGCCCCCACCCACCUGCGCUUCAGCCCUGACGGGACCCGGCUCUACGCGGGGGGGCGCAAGGACACCCACAUCCUGUGCUGGGACCUGCGGCUGCCGGAGCGCCCCCUGCUGGCCAUGGAGCGUCACGUGACCACCAACCAGCGAGUGACCUUUGACCUUGACCCGUCGGGCCGGUUCCUGGUGAGCGGUGACACCCGCGGCUUUGUCACCCUGUGGGACACUGAGGGGACCCCCCCGGACCCGGGGGACCCCCCACUGCUGGCCCCACUGCUGCGGUUCAGGGCCCUGCGGGACUGCAUCAACGGCACCAGUUUACACCCUGAGCUCCCGUUGUUGGCCACGGCCUCGGGGCAGCGGCUGUUCCCGGCGCCGUGGGGCAGUGACGAGGAGGAGGAGGAAGAGGAAGGGCCCCCCCCGGGGGGGGACAAUCGGCUCCAGCUCUGGUGGUGGGGGCAUGAACCCCCCGAGGACAACGGCUGGGGUAUGGCCAUGGACAGCGAGUGGCACCCAAUGGGGGACACCCAUUGUCACCCUAUGGGGGGCACCGACUGUGACGCCGAUUGUCACCCUAUUGAGGAUACCCAUUGUCACCCUAUGGGGAGCACCGACUGUGAUGCUGAUUAUCACCCUAUUGAGGAUACCCAUUGUCACCCUAUGGGGGGCACCGACUGUGACGCCGAUUGUCACCCUAUUGAGGAUACCCAUUGUCACCCUAUGGGGGGCACUGACUGUGACGCCAGUUGUCACCCUGUGGGUGAUUAUCACCCUAUGGGGGACAGCCAUUGUCACCCUAUUGAGGAUACCCAUUGUCACCCUAUGGGGGACACCCAUUGUCACCCCCUUGAGGACACCAGGACAGUGUCUGUUGACUGUCACCCCCCUGGGGACACCGACUGUGAUGCCAGCAUUGACCACCCCACAUCCACUGAGUGUGAGCCCCACGAGGGACACUGAGUGUCAGCCCUAUGGGGCACCGCUGGGUGACACUGUCACCUACAGCCCCACAGCGACACCCCCCCAGGGCUGUUGGGUUGUGCCUGGGGUAGGUUUGGGGGCUCUUUUCAGGGUGGUGUGGGUCCAGGUGAGUUUUGGGGUCUCACAUAUGGGUCUGAUGGAGGAUGUGGGGUGUU